AUGUCGCACUCAGCCUACUUUCUCUGCGAAGUCAAAGAGGGCGGCGCCUCGAAAGGUUUAGCCGUCAUUCGGUGCUACCCCUGGGACUCUAAGACAAUGAACAAGUCAACGUUUCCAACGCAGUCGUAUGGUGAACUUCUCCCUGGCCUUGCCAGCUUUGAGACCCAGACGAAAGUCAAUUACAAAACCGUACCCUUUGGAUAUGCCCAGGGAGCUGCUGCACUUGGGAACAAGCCAACAGCUGACUACAAUCGGCAUCUGCUGUUCUUCAUCCCGACUGGGAGCACUUCCUCGACUUUCGGCGCUCAGAUCCCGGGCACCUACGCCGGUACACUGAUCCCUAGUGCCGCGUGGAAGGACCCUAUGACGGCACAUUGGCAGCAAGUGUACCGUGGAAAUGAUCAGCCUUUCGACAAGUCGUUUGGGGCGGCAGACAGCAACAGAAGGUACCACGUGAAGUAUAUUUUCACCGAUGGAGCUGCCCCGGGCAGCGGUGGGGCGGCAUAA